AUGAACACAGUUACCUCGCGAACACAGGCCCCCCGCAGGCUGGGCCCCGCGAACACAGGCCCCCCCCACAGGUACGGGCCCCAGGCACAGGCCCCCCACCGAACAGGCCCCCCCGCAGACACCCCCCCAAAACACAGGCCCCCCGCAAGCUUGGGCCCCCCGCAGACACAGGCCCCCCACGAACACAGGCCCCCGCGAACACAGGCCCCCAUGAGCCCACAGGCCCCCCCCACGAACACACCAGGCCCCCCGCGAACACAGGCCCCCCCGCAGACACAGGCCCCCCGCAAACCUGGGCCCCCGCCUGAACACAGGCCCCAGACGCAGAGCCCCCACGAACCCUGGGCCCCCCAGAACACAGGCCCCAGACACAGGCCCUCUCUGCGAAUCUGGGGCCCCCGCGAACACAAGCACCCCGCAGGCUAA